GUCGAUGAGCUCCCGCGAUCGGAGAGCAAAAGCAGCGUCGCUGACCUGCUCUACGGCUUCUUUCGAUUCUACAGUGAGGAGUUUGACUGGUCGCAGAAUGCCGUGUGCAUACGUGAAGGCAGGCCUGGUGCGGUCGUCGACAAGUUCAACCUAAGCACCAAAACGUACUACGAGCAGUG